ACAUGCUAACCUCUAAAACUCUAUAAAACCCCAGCCCAGGAGGUUUCUCUCUCUGUUUUGUCUCCUCCCUUUCUCUUGCAUUCACUAUCUAGUUUCUCCUCUUUCCAUUAUCCACAUUCUCUAAUAGUAGCAAAAGGAAUUGUGUUGAAAAGAGAAAGACCUUUCCAUACAUGGUGAUUGAAUGGGGAGGAGUCCUUACUUUCCCCGUUACUACCUCUAACUGUUUUUCUCUCUCCACCUAGUCUCCUGUUCCUCUAACAGCACAGCCUGGAGCCAGGCUGAAAGAGACUAAAUAACUCUUGGGUACUUUCAGGAGUAGGGACAUUCAUGUGUUAAUUCUUCUUGAGUGGGUCCUACGUCUGCAGAACCUUCUUUUAGGUCCUAGAAAAGUGGCAAAGCGAGUUAUGUGAAUAAUCUCUCCUCGCAAGGAAUUUACAAUCUCACCAGCGUGACUGGCUAAAAUCACAUGAAGUAGAUUUCAAGGAAGAAAACCGACAGACAGUGAGAAGGAGCGCAGCCGUACACCCACGAAUAGCUUAAGGGCUACCUGGAUGUUGGGUUUGCAGCAAGAAGAGAACUGUGGGGAAACCAGAAGUUUCAUGGAAGAGCUUUGACAUUGAAAACCACAAAAGAAUUGGAGCCUUGCAUUGAAAGGAGUUGUGCUGCAGCAGUUUUUUUCUUGUCUGAAGUUUACUUCUGCAAGAGAACAUCUGAAAAAUGACAGGGGCAAAGAGGAAAAAGAAAAGUGUGCUCUGGAGCAAGGUGAAGGCUCUCCACUGUGAAGGCUUUAAACAGUGGUGUAGAAGGCGGCUACCGAUUUUGGAAUGGGCAUUACAUUACAAUCUGAAAGAAAACUUGCUUCCAGAUACUGUGUCUGGGAUCAUGUUGGCAGUUCAACAGGUGACACAAGGUAAUGUGUUGCAUUUGAUUUUCCUGUUUUACGCAGAAUAUUGUAAUUUUGAUAUGGUCGUUGGAGGAGGCACUUGUGCCUUGACAUCCUUAAUAUCAACCAAUGCAGUGGAACGGCUUGUCCCUUCAAGUAGCCAGAACCUCACCAAACAAAGUAACACUAGCAUCCUGGGCUUAUCUGACUUUGAGAUGGAAAGGAUUGGCAUCGCUGCAUCCGUUUCCUUCUUGGGAGGUGUGAUUCAGGUGGCUAUGUUUGUCCUACAACUGGGCAGUGCUACGUUCCUGCUCACGGAGCCUGUGAUCAGCGCAAUGACAACUGGGGCUGCCACACAUGUUGUGACUUCACAAGUCAAGUAUCUCUUGGGAAUGAAAAUACCUUACAUAUCCGGGCCACUUCGAUUAUUUUACAUCUACAUAUAUGUCUUUGAGAACAUCAAGUCUGUUCGCCUGGAAACCCUGCUCUUAUCCUUGCUGAGCAUUGUGGUGCUUGUGGUGGUGAAAGAGUUAAAUGAGCAGUUUAAAAGGAAAAUUAAAGCUGUCCUUCCUGUCGAUUUGGUUUUGGUCAUUGCUGCAUCAUUUGCUUGUUAUUAUACCGAUAUGGAAAAUACAUAUGGAUUAGACGUACUUGGUCAUAUUCCAAAAGGAAUUCCUUCGCCUAAACCUCCCUCCAUGAAUGUCCUCUCUGCAGUAAUCAAAGAAGCUUUUGGAGUAGCACUUGUGGGCUAUGCGGCCUCCCUGGCUCUUGCUCAAGAAUCUGCCAAAAAAUUCAAAUAUUCAGUGGAUGACAACCAGGAAUGUUUGGCUCAUGGCCUCAGCAAUGUGGUUUCUUCAUUUUUCUUCUGCAUACCAAGUGCUGCCGCCAUGGGAAGGACCUCUGGCCUGUACAGCACAGGAGCAAAGACACAGGUGGCUUGUCUCAUAUCUUGCAUUUUCAUCCUGACAGUCAUUUAUGCAAUAGGACCUUUGCUUUACUGGCUGCCAAUGUGUGUUCUUGCGAGUAUUAUUGUUGUGGGACUGAAAGGAAUGCUCAUACAGUUUCGGGAUUUAAAAAAAUAUUGGAAUGUGGAUAAAAUCGAUUGGGGCAUAUGGGUCAGUACAUAUGUAUUUACAAUAUGUUUUGCUGCCAAUGUGGGGCUACUGUUUGGUGUUGUUUGUACCAUAGCUAUGGUGAUUGGUCGCUUCCCAAGAGCAAAGACACUGAAUAUAAAAAACAUGAAUGAAAUGGAAUUUAAAAUGAAAACAGAAAUGGAUGAUGAAACCCGGCAGCAGGUGAAAAUUAUCUCAAUAAACAACCCACUGGUUUUUCUGAAUGCAAAGAAGUUUCAUGCUGAUCUAAUGAAUAUAAUCCAAAAAGAACAUGCCAGCAACCAGCCAUUUGAUGAUACCAACAAGUGUGAACAAAACUCAUUGCUCAAUUCUCUGUCCAAUGGCAAUUGCAUUGAAGAGGCGUCACAGCCCCGCCCAGAGGAGAGGACAUGCUCCGUAGUCCUGGACUGCAGCGGGUUGGCCCUUUUUGACUCUUCUGGCGUCUCCGUGCUGGUUGAGGUAUGGACACGGUGUGUUAUCUGCUGCAAUGUGACAUCCACUGUGGAUGUAUCAUUAGCCCAUUGCAAAGCUUCCUUGGUAAAAGCCAUGCAGUACUUUGGAAACCUAGACUCAGAGGAACCAAUUUUUUUUAAAUCAGUAUCUGCUGCAAUAAGUGACAUCCAUUCGAAUAAAGUGAGACAAAAUCUGACCAAACUCAGUGAGCAGAGUGAAGUCUGAAGCCCCAUGUGCUGCACAGAUGUUGCUUCAGCAACUGGCCUGCGGAGAACAUACGCCAGUGUUUUGCACAACCUGUUCCGUCGUUCAGAUCCUACAGAGGACCUCUGCUACGAUCCGUACAGUGUGACUUGUUAGCUACAGAGUCCUGGUCAAGAUCUGCUAUCACUUUUUUCCUAAUUUUUGUUAGUAAGCAGGUUCACUGAGUAGGUUAUUUUGUAGUUAUUUUAUAAAAUGGGUAUGCAUUUAGUUUUGGUAUACUGAAAGGUAAACAUGAAUGUAUUUCCUUUUUUUCCUGGUAUUUUGUGUUAUUUUAUUUCUCUUUUGUUGUCAGUUAAUUUGUAAAACUGAGAAACAUCUUGUCAUCAGAGACUUAGAAUAUUUGCAAAUCGUUUGUAAAAAUCCAGGAUCUUCUGUAACUAAUAUACAAAAACAACAUUGCCAUUUUCCCUUACAAAAAGCACUCACAAUUAAAUAUCUAUUUUAUGUGAUGGGA